AUGGAGCUCACCAUGGACAGCCUGCACAGCGUUGCAUCGCAUUCCCAGGCGGGGGACCUCAUGAGCUCUCCGCACGCUCGGCAGUCGCCGCCCCCCAGUUCGACACCCCGGAAUCUGGUCUCACACGCUCCCGGCGCGCGGUCAACCAUGGUCUCCGGCAUGGCCUCCCUUCUUGAGGGGUCCAGCGGGGACUACCGGACAGACCCAUCCGCUUUGUCCGGACACCUCCAUCCGUCCAUCAGCAUGUGCGAGACCGGAAUGAGCCUUAGCAACACGUACACCACCCUGACUCCUCUGCAGCAUCUACCUCCAAUAUCCACCGUAGCGGAUAAGUUUCACCACCCACACCCACACCACCACCCUGCCGCCCAUCAACGAAUCUCCGCCGGGAACGUCAGUGGAAGCUUCACGCUGAUGCGAGACGACCACCGGGGGCUUACGUCCAUGGGCAAUUUGUACAGCCAUUACCCCAAAGAGAUGUCCGUGUCCGCUAUGGGUCACGGCUCACUCUCCCCGCUGUCAGGCGGGCUGGGCUCUCUGCACAACUCCCAGCAAUCGCUCUCAGCUUAUGGCCCCAGUGCGCAUCUCUCCACAGAUGCCAAAAUGCUUUCUCCGGUGUCAGGGUUUGAGUCCCACGCAUCCAUGCUGUCCCGAAGUGACCAAGAGCACCUGGCAAGGAGUUUAGGAGGGCAUGGCCACGGCAUGAUUUCCAACCUCAACAGUAUACACCACCAUCCACAUAGUCACCUACACUCCCAAGCAAACGGUGCGGUGAUGCUGGGAGACCGGGAGAGGCACAGCCAUGGGGCCAACCAAGGAGUAUCAGGGUCAGGCAUCCAGGCUGAGGAAAUCAACACAAAGGAGGUGGCUCAGAGGAUAACAGCCGAGUUAAAGCGGUACUCUAUCCCGCAGGCUAUUUUCGCCCAGAGGAUCUUAAGCCGGUCGCAGGGCACCCUCUCAGACCUCCUACGAAACCCCAAACCGUGGAGUAAGCUCAAGUCAGGUCGGGAGACUUUUAGGAGGAUGUGGAAGUGGCUGCAAGAGCCCGAGUUUCAACGAAUGUCUGCUCUUCGGCUGGCCGCAUGUAAACGUAAGGAGGAGGAUAGGGGACGAGAACGCAACCAGGUGCCAAAGAAGCAGCGACUGGUCUUCACCGACCUGCAGCGUCGCACCCUGGUAGCCAUCUUCAGAGAGAACCGCCGCCCCUCCAAGGAGAUGCAGAUCACCAUCUCCCAGCAGCUGGGCCUGGAGCUUUCCACCGUCUCCAACUUCUUUAUGAACUCACGCCGCCGCUGUCCGGAGCGCUGGGACACAGAGGAGCAUAGUCACGGAGUGCACGGCCACGUGCACACUCCUCAUGAAAACAGCAGCAACAACAGCGCGUCACCGAUCCAACCCGGUACCUCCUCUGCUAACACAUUCUCUAAGGCCUGA